UCACUCCUCCGCUCUGCUCAGGAUGAAAAACGAACGCAGCAGGUUCUUAUUACAGCAGUUUUCCUCUGUGAGCUGAGCUGAGAAGCAGAGAUCUCUCCUCGUUCUCCAGACGUCACCAUGAGACUCAGAGACGGCUGUCUUCUGCUGGGAGUCCUGCUGCUCCUCACACACACCUCACACCAGCAGAACAAUCCCAGAAAGAAACCCAGCGCUAAAAAAGAUACUCAAGCCAGCGCUGCUUUGGAGGACCUACAACAGCAGAUCAAAGACAUUGUGGUGGAACUGAAUCUUCUAAAGGAGCAGCAGGCCCUGCAGACUGUCUGUCUGAGGGGCACGAAAAUCCCUGGUAAGUGUUUUCUGGUGGACUCUGUGAAGAAGGGCUACCACGCGGCCAGUGAAGACUGCAUCGCCAAGGGAGGAAUCCUCAGCACUCCGCUGUCUUCUGAUGAAAACGCGCAACUCUACGAUUACGUGCGCCAGAGCAUCGGGCCAGACGCUGAAAUCUGGCUGGGUAUCAAUGACAUGCAGACAGAGGGCGUGUGGUUGGACCAGGCCGGCUCAAAUAUUCGCUACAAGAACUGGAAGCUCCCGCAGCCCGACGGCAGCAGCGCGGAGAACUGCGCCGUACUCUCCGGCGCUUCCGGCGGGAAGUGGCUGGACGAGAAAUGUCGCGAGGAGAGAGCGUCCGUCUGCGAGUUCAACAUCGUCUGAGAUCAUCGCGUUGGCUUGACCUUAGCUGUCCUUUUCAUUGCACAAUGCUGCUUGCAUUCUCUUUGCUCCGCAAUUGUAUAUUUUUCUUUUGAGGAGAACAAAGAUUGUCAUUUAACUCAAUUAAAAUAUUCAGAUGCCAUAAUCAAAAACUAAAAGCUGUAAUAAAAGUCAAAGUCUAGUUCAUUUCUGGACAGUUUUCAUAAGAUCUAGCCAAAAACACAAACUAAACAAACCCAUUAAAGAUGCAGUUCACACAAAAAUGAACAUUUACUGACCCUCAGGCCAUCCAAACAUCACAACAAUGCACAAACAAUCCACACUGGACUCCAAUCCAUCAAUUAAAGUGUUGUGAAGGGAAAAGCUGCGUGUUUGUAAGAAGCAAAUCCAUCAUUAAGGUGUUUUAACUUCACACUGUUGCUUCUGGCUAAAAUAUAUAAUCCAUAAUAAUGCCUCCUAUUUUGAAAAAGUCAAACAACAUAUUUGUUUAGAGCUGUUUUCGACUGUUUACACUUAAAAAUAACAUAAAAUGCUGCUUAAUCUGUUUUUAUUUCUCUCCUGAUUCAGACAAGAUUACUUUUUCACUAAAGAAAGCAAUAUUAUGGAUAAAUUACUCUUUAUCCAUUUUAUUAUUAUUAUUUUUAUUUUAUUUUUUUUACUUUCCAAUAGAUUUAUUGAUGGACUGGAUAGAUGUAUAUUACUUAUUAUGUAAUGGAUCAUUGUGAUGUUUUUAUCAGCUGUUUGGACUCUCAUUCUGACGGCACCCAUUCACUGCAGAGGAUCCAUUGAUGAGCAAGUGAUGCUACAUUUCUCCAAAUCUUUUCUGAUGAAGAAGCAAACUCAUCUUUAUCUUGGAUGGCUUGAGGGUGAAUAAAUGUUAUGCAGUUUAUAAUUUUUAUAAUUACAUUGUAACAAGGACACCUUAAAACCCUGAAUUUUUUUUUUUUUUUUUACAAAGAAGUCUGAUAAGUCCAGAUAACAUCCAGUUGAAUGAUAAUUAUCUCAGAUUGCUAGUUUAGUUACUUGUUUAUUUUCUAAAAACUAAAUGUCUAGCCUGAUAUAACCUGAACAUAUAUUUAUAUCUCAAUAAAGUGUUUAUCAAAAAUA